GUAACAGCUUCUCUAAAAGCAGAAUCCCAAGUCUUUCACCAUCAACGGUGGGUUGUAUGUGCGUGUUGUUUGCGUGCUGUGGUUUUGUUUUGUUUUUGUGUGUAUGUGUAUUUGGUCGACUUCAAAACAACAACCCCCCCCCCCUUCUCUGACGCAGAACACGCGUUUCCUAGCAACAAACAGCCCUGCGCCCAGGCGUUCCGACGCAGGCGCCGUGGCAGUGCUCCUUUUUAAAAACAGAGCGGCGGCGACGGUUGCCGUGGCAACUGCCGUUAUGGUGCUCGAAGGUGCUCGCGAAGGGAAGCUGCCUCUCCUCAUGUCCUACUCCACCAGCCCGAGGCGCGCGGGGCUGCCCCGGACGGUGCUGCGCUGGCUGCAGAGCCUCGACCUCAGCUUCUCGCCUACUCAUUUCCGUAGGUGAGGCCGCCCCCCCCCUUCCCACACGUUGGCCGCCAUGACACUUCCCGCCGUACCUGGGCGCCUCGGAGGCUGAAGACGCGCCUCGGGGUCAGCGGGAAGAAGGGGCCUGUUUGCUUUCGGCUCCCUCGGCUGCGUCUCUCUUGCCCGUGUGGGCGCCUCCCCUCCCGCGAGAAGCGACUGCAAAUCUCCCACGGAGCUCUGAGGGAGCUUGAACCGAAGCCCUUUGCUCACACGAAUCCCCCGUAAGGCCAGGCCGGCCGUGAGGGCGCUUGCUAGAAAACACGGGAGGCUCUGGGGGAGGGGAGGGGUCGGGUGGCAAAGGCCGUCAUUGGGGAAGGAGGGGUUUUUGCUAUGUGUAUAUCAAAUGUUUUCAGACCGAAGGCUGGGCGAACCGGUGGGCUAGAGAGAGAGGCCCUUUUAGGGGGGGGGGAAGCACCUGUGUUCUGUUGUCAUCACUGCUGGCAACGCCUGGUAAGAUAGCACCAGCCUCCCCUUUAUCCGUUGAGAAUAGGUUUCCUUAAAAAUUAAACCUCUGGGCUUGCGAAGUUUAGUCCAGAAUUAUGGUCCACAAGACACCUUUCUUUCCCUAGGAAGAAAGGCUUUCAUGGUGGCAGCCCCCACUGGAGGAUUUGUAGUGGCUGCAUCACAAUCCUGGAUUUGCAUAAAGGCAGCAAGCAAAAGUGAAGUCAGGUUGCACAAGAGUAGUGAGCAUGGCAUGACAGUGAGAAGGAAGAAACACUGAAAGGCGGAGGGGAGGGGGGAACUGGCAGUUUUAAACAAUGAUACGAGGUUUGAGUAAAGUACUGUACUGUGGAAUAUUUGAGAGCUCUCAUGAGGCAGCUGAGGAAUGGAAGAGGGAGUAGUUUGGUUACAGUGAGAAGGGAGAUGUGAAAGGGGGGAGAGUGGCAGUUUUAAACUUACAGAAGUUUAAGUAAAGCAAGGGUGGGGUGACACGGGAAAACUGGCCUUAAACAACACAGAGACUUAAAUAAAGCAGAGGUGGAAAAAAACAGGGAAAGAGACAAUUUUAAACAAUGAUAGAUUUGAGUUGAGCAGAGCUUUCCUAACUGUUGUCACGACACAAGUGUGUUGGCUGCAGUGUGCAGGUGUGUCACACACAUACGUUCCCUGCAUUCCUUCCAACGCUGGAAAGGGGUUAGUUUAACUGCCUAUUUGCUAGUAAAACUGAAUUACUGUGUAGCAAAAUGAUGCAUGUCUAAAAAGCUCUGGAAUAGUGUUAGCAGGGGUUACACUGGGUGAAAGGAGCAUGGCAGUUAAAAUAAGGUACAGCAAGGACUUGGGAAGGGCUCUGUUAAUUUUGGCUGUUAACUUCUGUGUUGUACCCAUCUGCUAUUUCUCCUUGUUAAAACUGUUUUAAAAAACACCUCAGUGUCCCAACACCUCUUCUUUAUACAAACUUCUAUUGUUUUAGUACAGCAAGAAGACAAACUGAAAGGGGGGGGGGGAAUGUCUGUUUCCAUUGCUAAACUUUCCACUUUUCCAUUCGUCUUCUGUCUCACGUAAGAACGAUAAAGGACGAAGAGCCUUCAAAUAUUCCAUAGUACCUUCCUACAAUGUAUUUCAUUCCUGAUACCAUGUGUUGUCUUCAAUAAGUAAUUUGGAAGGUGCUUUAUUAAUAAAUGCCCAUCCAUCAGCUGAACUAAGCCUUUUCUGAGUGAGCUAAUUGACAGGCUUGCUCUUAAGAUUAAAUUCAUCUUAAAGAUAAGAGUAGGAAAAAGGUGACAGUGAAAAUGGGGGUACAAAAGCCGUUGCUAAGGUGAGAGGGCGAUGUUUUGUGCGCAAGAGGGGUUAUAGAAAAGGAGAGAGCAUGGGCAUAAAAGUGAUGGUGAAAACAGGCACAAAGUGGGCCUACAGACCAAAUGGUGGUGACUUCAGACAUGGGGUUGCGAAGGUGAAAAGCUAGCUUAGUAGAUAUGUGGGGUUGAAAAGGGAAGCUCUAGGGGUUAAUGUGCGGAAGGGGGGAAGGAUUGGUGAGUAGAGCCCCUAGUAUACUAACAAGCGAACAACGUAUAUACACUGAUGUAAUAUUAUACAUUCUUGUGCCUGCAUUUCAGUGUUGUGAAGUCACAUAUAAUUCUUUUGGUUAUUAUUGGGUAUUCCAUUGGCCAUAAGCAACAGAAGUUAGUUAGUUAGUUUGUUUGUUUUUUUAAAAAUCCUAUCUAUGUUGCAGAAAUACAUGUUUAUUCAGUAUCUUCACCUACUGAUAGUUUAGUAAUAUAUUAUCUAGAUUUCUGUUUAAUGCUGUUUACUCCUUACAGCAGAACCUCUCUCUGGUUUCCAGGAAGAAUUCCCUCUCCCUUCUUCUUUAUGUAACCUGUACAGCUGGCAGAGGAACUUACAGCUGUUUUGUUGACUUAUGGAUAUGAGAAGGGGAGUAGGUAGGGAUUUUUUCUUUCCACAAGAAAGUACUGUAAUGGUUGAAAGCUCCAAAAUUGAUUUGGUAAUGAAACAGAGGCUUCCCAUCCAGGGAAUGCCACUUCUUAAUUAAGGCAUGUAACUAAUAGUGAACUUUCAUUUAUUUAUACAUUUUGAGUAGGGAUUUUUCAAAUGGCUAUCUCAUUGCUGAGAUAUUCUCUUGGUAUUACCCAGAAGACAUUCAAAUGCGUUCCUUUGAAAAUGGCACGUCCCUACCUGUGAAACUCAGCAACUGGUCACAGCUUGGAAAGGUAUUUAAUGUAGUAGUGAAUUUCAAAUAUAUGUUAAAGAGAAAAGGAUGGGAACUUCUUUACUGUCUCACCCAUUUUUAUAGUGCAGUGCUAUACAUGUCUAAGAUACAAGUCUCAUUCAGUUCAGUGGGGUUUACUCCCAGGUAAACUGAUAUAGGAUUGCAACCUAAUCUGUAAUUAUUUUGAUAUGCAUGAUGCUUAUGUACAUACAUGUAUAUUAAGAUGUAAUGAUAAUGGUAUUUCAAAUGCACAACUACUUGUGCUGGUUUUAAAAUAGAAAAUACUUUUGAUGUAUGUUUCUUUGUUUGCUAUGGCCCCAGUGAAAUUUUGCAUAUUUAUACCUGCCAUGACUAUGUUAUACAAACUGUGAGGCUAAAAUUUUGGAGUCUACAUUGUAUUUCAGAUAAGAAUAAAAAACAGUUUUCAUGUCCUUCAAGAAGAGCAGAUUUCAAAUGAAUUAAUGUAUCUGAAACAAAUUCUUCCUCCUUUAUUAAAGUUCUUUGCAAAAAGAAAUCUGCAUCCCAUCCGAGAGCUAAUUGAUGGAACAAUUCAUUGUAAACCAGGAGCUGCAGAAAUAUUUCUACAAGACAUUUAUACAAUGCUGACAAACAGGCGGUGAGUUAUAUUUGUAACAACAUUAUAUUUGAAUGUUGCAAGUUGAUGCCUAAAGAUUGAUGAUACCUGUACUAUCUGGUUUGGUAUCAACAAACUUAUUAUUUCUAUCAAACAGCUAUUAAAUAGCACUAGUCUUUCUUAGACUUUUUUCAGAAUUAGUGGAACAUAAAUUCCCCCCCAAAAUCUUUAUUCCUCCUUACUAAAGGGGGAAAUUAAAAGGGGCAAUUGCCCUCAAUAGCAUUUACAACUACAUAUAAUGCAAUUCUAGUUGGUGGUUUGAUGCAUAAUAUAAUUGUAAUAAUAAAACGCAUUUAAAAUACCUUAUUCCUCAAAGUGCACAUACUGUGUUUUAGAAGUAAGGCUAAAAAUAUAUGAAAGCCCUGGUACCUGCCUAUAAAUAAAAUAAAGCUAUAAACAGAUUCCGUAUAAGAUAACGAAAUACCAACAAUGAUCAAUGGAAUAUAGCUUAUUUUAAUAUCAUUAGAUACCUUAUGAUGAAAAAAUAACCCAUGUCAUAAACAUAAAUUGGUAUAUCAAUGUGGUCAUUUUGUAACAUAAAUGCCUUUUACAGGCGUCUUGCACAUUUGCCUUUUUUUCUUUUCUCCUCCUCAGGAGCUCAUUAAUGGAGGGAGGUGAGCUCAUUAAUCCAUAUGUAGUAUAUCUUUACAAGACAUUACACAGGGUGGCCUCUUAGAUGAACUCAGGCACCACUUCCUUUCCCUGAUCUCCACCAAAGAAGUAUUAAUAACACACUGGGUUUUAAUAUAAAGGCUUCAAUUUUCCCCUCUGCUAUUCUCUGGUCUUAUUCUUCAUAGGUAAAGGUAAAGAAACCCCUGACCAUUAGGUCCAGUUGUGGCCAACUCUGGGGUUGCGGCGCUCAUCUCGCUUUAUUGGCCGAGGGAGCCGGCGUAAAACUUCCGGGUCAUGUGGCCAGCAUGACUAAGUCGCUUUUGGCAAACCAGAGCAGCGCACGGAAACGCUGUUUACCUUCCCGCCACAGCGGUACCUAUUUAUCUACUUGCACUUUGAGGUGCUUUUGAACUGCUAGGUUGGCAGGAGCAGGGACCGAGCAACGGAAGCUCACCCCGUUGCGGGGAUUUGAACCGCUGACCUUCUGAUCAGCAAGUCCUAGGCUCUGUGGUUUAACCCUCAGCGCCACCCGCAUCCCAUCUUUCCUCAAAAACCCCUUUAUCUCUCCCAAUCCAACAACUGUCCAAAAUCCCAAUUGUCUGUCUCACUGACAGUUAACUCCUCACUGAACUGGUACCUCCUGUCAAUCAGAGCCUGAAAUUCCACAAACCUAUCAGAUCCAGGCCUGUCUAACAAAACCUUAAAGUGAUAGUCUCUUUCUCUUGCAUCAGAAUUUGUCACCAAAAACUACUGCUACAUAGGCUUGCAACAUUGUAACAGCACAGGGCCUCAAACUGUCACAGAGGUCACAAAACUUUUUUUUCAUUCCAAACACAAAUACCUAAAUAAUUAUAAUUUCUCCCAUUAGGAUAAAACAUAUUCAGGAUGAAGAGAUUGACUUUACAGACAGUAAUUAUCAGGAUAAAUUACCAAUGGUUGCGAGAUCAACUGCUUCAAGGGCUAUUAAGACCAACAUUAAGCUAACAGAAAUAAUGGUGGAGCCCAAUAUUCAAAAAAACAGACAAAAAGUAAAUGCCAUUAUCAAUAUGCAUAUGCAGCGACGGCAGCUUGAGAGGGAGCAAGUUCCAGGUGAGUAGCUUGGGAGGACAAAAUGUUUCUUGAAUGUCUUCUCUCUAUUACAUGCAAGAAUAAUGAACUGCAAGUUUUGCCUUUAUUCAGGGUACAUCAAGAGAGGGCUUCCUCUGUGGAUUAUUUCUUUGCAUCCCUUGGGUUGCUUUCUGCAAAUUUUCUUUCCUUUUUAUUGCUUUAUAAUUAUUGCAUUGUAAUAGAUUGCUUCAAUGGAUUGUUUUUACAUUGUUUUCUGUUAGCUGCUUUGAGCACUGUUCAGUGGAAAGGACCACUGUUCAGUGGAAAGGGGAUACGAAAUAUUGCCAGUGUGUAGCUACACUUCUUGCCACAGUGAGGGAUAGAAGCUUUCCCCCCCGUCAAAUUAUUCCACACCUUCUGAUGUGUGGCACACACAGAUUAAUCUUCUGGUGGUAGUUCUUUAUCCUUAAUGAAGGAUGGUUUUACCUUUCAUCAGUAUUAAGUCGUGUUGAAAAGACAAUGAUCUUGAAAAUGUGAUGUGUAAAUCGCAGUACUUGCACAACAAAUUGCUUUGUUUUUAAGAACGGUUUGGUAUUAAAAAAACGCUGGGGGAGCGUGCCAUUCGUCGUCCUUCCAUGAUAGUUCCUUCUGUGAGUACAGUGAAGAUUCAGAAGGAGAAAUCUAUUCCUGUGCCAAGUAAGCAUUAUUUUUCUCUUUUGAAAGUCUCACACUUACUACUUGAAUGUCAUUACCAUUGAUCAAAUUUAAAUGUACAUUAAUUUUUUCAUGAAGGCAAUCUUAUGAACAUUUAAUUGAGAAUAAAUCAUUGGGACUUUUGAGUAAAUGUAACUUAACACCAGGUUGCAUGUUUAAACAAAUGUCUAUGUUGCUCAAAUGUAUAACCCUCCCUCUUUAAUGUAACUUCAUAGUGGAGAAGGCUAUUGGUUUCUUUUAAAUUAAGCUUCAUGUUAUAAAUCUAUUCUAAAUCUAUUUCCUGCAAAUAUAUUAAAUAUAAAUCCAAGAAGGUGAUCACAAUAUGUUGCCCUCCAGAUAUUGCUGGAAUAUAGCUCCAGUCAUCCCUACCUCUUGCCCUUUUGGCUGGAGCUGAUGAGAGUUGGAGUCCAACAACAUCUAGAGGGCACCAGAUUGGUUUCCCUGAUCUGAAGUUUUCAACCAAUUAAAAUACUUAAUUGGCUGUCUUAAUCUGUUGUUGAAAUUUAGCUAAAUGUGUCUAUUACUCAAAAUCUUCAUACCGUGAUGAGAUAAAAGAAGUGCAAAAUAACUUAGUUUAAUAAACAAUGUCAAUUUAAUUAAAAAUAAACUGUGAUCGUGCCAGCUUUGUGAAGUUCAGAGAUGAUCCAGUAGCAGAUUUAGAAUAGCUUAGAUUGAUAAAGCCUGCCUUAUAAAGGAUUCUUAAAAAGUGCUAUGUUUUGUAACUGCAUUUGUUGGGAUGUAAAAGUACUGACCUUUUUUUCUGCUUAGGUGUAGCAUCCACAGAAAUCAGAGGCAAAAUGGGUGUUCAUUUCAAAACCGUCCAAGUGAAACAAGCUGAGAUGCCCUUUAGAUGUGAAUUAAAUUCUGGCACCUUAAACCAUCUUAAAGAAUUGUAACUAGAGAAGUUUGAGAGAGCUCUUUUUGAACACAACAGAAGUCUUAUGAAGUCUUUGCUACCAUAUUGGAGAACAUGUGCCUUACUACUAUGCUCAAUAAAGCAUUUGUGCUGAGGUAAAUACAUACUUGGAAGCUGGUAGGUGCACAGACAUAAGCUACAUGAAAAGCAGAUUAUCAGUGCUUUUUACACUUUAUUGGAUUCUCAAAAGUGACUUCUUCUAAUGCUGGUGUAUCUACCCUUAUAUUCAUAGAUAAUGGCGCAAGUUUAAUACAAAUGAUUAUUAGGGCAAGCUGGGUUUAUAUUUUCAAACAUUUUUCCUAGCAUUAAAAAUAAAACAAUCUAAAAUGCAUUAUUUUGGUGAAAUCUGCAGUCCUGAGCAAGCUUUUGAGCAAAGUUUGGUAGAAAGCAAUGUCAUACAUAAUUAAAUGUUAAAAUCAGCCAACCUCACUAACUGUAAGGAAUUUCUCCCAAUAGCAUUUUAAGUACUUAACAUAUUUUUUGCACUCUAACUUUGGUGUGUCCCCUUAGAUCACCUAUACUUUGUUCUAAUGUAAAACUUUCCUUCUGUGUGGUCUUUCAUUUUAUGUUUAUUGAUAUGGAUACUGAAUUUCUGUGAGCAGAAACCCUUUUCAUGGGAUACCCCUCUGGGAGGGUGUAGAGACUGCUUUUUUGCUGAGUUCGUCUCACCCUUACAGCCCGCUGAAAAGGUUCUUUUAGGAGUUUGAGAGACUCUCUUGAAUAAUAUGAGAGGUUGCAUGGGGACCUAUAGCAGAAAGGGGAAACUGGUUGAAAUAGCCUCCCUGCACUUUUCGGUAAGAACUUCUGUUGGAUCUCAGACCCUUCUGCCAAAAGCCUCUGUUUGCAGAAGGGCCAUUCAGUCCAACACAGUGAUAACUAAAUGUAUCUCAUAUGCAUGUAUUAUUAAGAAGAUAUAGUGCAUUGUGCGACCUGUUGGUGCUCCUAACUUCAGUGCUGGGACAGGACAGGACAGAAGUAGAAAAAAAGUAAAACUUAACUAUUGUUUUGACAAAAUACUACCUAUUCUUUUAUGGCUUGACGUGAAUAAGAUGAAUUCUUUUUAGUCUUUGGUUCCACAUUUUUAGGACAUUGACAAACGAGUUUAUUCUGAGCUGACUGGCCCGGAUGGUGAGGGGUAACAAACAGUUGAGUUAGCUGUGUGUGCCCACACACUUUAAAGCUUUGGUUUUUCUGGCCUCUUUCAUUGCAAAAUCAUGAAUUAUCUGUUAUAUCUUUAGUCUACAAGCUCGGACAUUUCAACAAACAUGAAACACAGGAGUUCUGCUAUAGCUAUUUUUUGUAAACAACAUACUGAAUAUAGUAGUGUUAAUGACAUGACCAUAUGCAUCUGACAGUUUUUCUUAAUCAGGUAGUCACUAGUUUAAGGCAGGGUUCCAUCACAAACCAAUAAAUUUAGGUUACAGAUUCAGGUUGCACAAUUAAAGCUGGUUGGGAUCUCUUGCACAACAGACCAACUUUCCCCCCAGAAUCAGACUUUAGUGAUGGGGAAAUGCACUAGACAGUGUACAAUAAUGUUUGUGUGACACAAUGUCUAAUCUCCUUGUGAACAAAUAAGGAUAAAUAUGCAAUAAAUAGAUCAUCUAGAAGUGACUGGUCUCUAUAUUGAAAUC